AGCUUUUGACGACAAGGAUAUCCGGAAAAUCAACCCGUCGAUGGAAGACGGAUGUGUACCUACUCGUAACACUCCUGUCGACACCGGACCGGAGAAGAUCCCCGUGAUAAUAUACGAUGUUGAUAAUAAUAAUGAGCUGCCACCUGAGCUGGCCUCCAGAGACACUCCUACAAUGAAACCCGAUUCACCGGAACACAAUGUUUCGACAAAUAAAGGCAAGCAAGAUGACGAUCAAGCAUAUAAGGACCUGAUACAUUCAGAUUCGAAACAUAAACGUUAGCAAAGUAUUAGAUGUUUCUAGAUGUUUUUUCCUUGAUACUUUUAUAACGAUAUGUUUACGACCUGCUGGACAGAUAUAUAUUUUUCUUAGAUACAUUUGUCUUCAAACGCUUUUUUGUGAUGGAUAUUUUGCCUCAUAAAAUUUAUUGUAUUUAUUUUAUUCGAUGUACACCUGUUUUUAACAAAAAAAUGAACGUUUCUCGCUUAGUAUUUUAGAGAACAAAAAACAACGUUAACAUGGCUGACUACACUUUACGUGAGGAUCGAAAGAUCCUUGUAACAAACAGGCACAAGUUCAUUACAAGAUGCUCUCGCAUGAUAUCUAACAAGGCUUUUCUGCGUUUGUUUUCAGCUGCCCCACCAAAGUACUUUGCUAUAUGUUUUACAUCAGUGUCUCACUUCAAUAUAUUCUCAAUUUCAGCAAAGAUGGAAAAGAAACCGGCGCAUGCUAGGAAGCUUCCAAACCCACUUGCACUGCGGUCGCCUCUGACCCUAGCUGUAGAUUUCAGCGAUGAGAAAAUUCCGGUACUUCCUGCUCGCAGGCGUCUGUCGCAGCCGGCCAUUAUGCCUCUUGCGGCGGAAGCGUAUGUCAACACGUCAUUUGGCCAGGUAACAGUUCGUCCCAUUACGUGGAAGAGUGCGGAUUUGACCGAAAAUGACGCCAAUGUUAACGCCUACGAAUCCGUUUCAACAGAACAAUGCGUAUUGUCGGUGGCCCAUGGUGACUCAAAAUCUGUCGCGAAUGGAAAAACAAACGGAAGCAGAAUACUUUCUAAUGAUACUGAUGGCACAUAUAAAGAUCAAAAUAUUAAGUCCGCCAAUAUCGAGAAAAUGAAGGACCUGACAAUAAAUGAAAUUGGCGACAUUUUAAGGCUUUUAAAGCUUGAAGAAUACGUAGAAAUUUUCAAAGAAAACCAUGUGGACGGAGUCAUCUUGACAAGUCUCGAACGUGAUGAUUUGGUGAAUGAGUUGGGGAUGAAUAAACUGCCCGCGACGAGACUAUUUAUGUACAUGACUGCAAGCCACAUCUCAAAGUGAUGCCAUACAUGACCCUCUCGAGAAUGCGUUUUACAUUGUGUGUACUGCAAAUAUUGAGUGUUUUGCUUUGAUCUUUUUGGCUACUGGUAAUCUAGCUAUAGAAAUAAAAUUGUAGCAUAAACUAUUACACACAAGUACGUACACGUAUACACAAUAAUUGCAGCUAAUUGUGUAUUUUUUCCUGUUUUUAAUCACGUUUCCAUUCGCGAAUAUUAUUUGAACACAAUUCGGUUGCAUACAUCUAUUGACCACGAACUGAGAUUUCGCAUAAACUUGUGUUUCGCUCUUUACAAACCUUAAUGGGGAGUAAAAAUCGUCUUUCAUUUCGUCAUUGGGUGCUUUGAUUUUUGUAUGAUGCAAUCCUCGUUAUUCGAAUCGCAACUUGUUCUUAUUAUAUACGUAUAAUCGGCGUGUUUAACUACCGAUGCACACAUGCAUUAUUGCUUAUGUUUGCGGACUCAGUAACAUAUUAUCAAAUGCCAUACCCUGUUUCCCAUGUAAUAUAACCAUUACGAAUAUUUUUAUCUUACACACGUGUAAUAUACUUUUUAAGCGUUAACAUUGGCUUAUAUUGACCAAUCGCAUUUCGUUAUUUUGCUGAAAUGACGCUGCAACGUCAAAUGACGUCACGAAAUGUAAACAACAUUCGGGAUUUAUCAUUAUGUUUGCGUUAAUAUUGAUUUAAUUUGCUCAUUAAAAGGCAUGUGAUAAAAAUGACCUGACACACGUUGUCAUUUCAUACAAUAUUUUAUUAAACUCGUCCAAAACAUUUUGGAAGAAGGUUUUACCAUUUAUUGCUUAAAUCAAAAACGUAAGCUAUUAACACGGUUCCAUUUCCGGGAUAAUGAAACGUUUGCUUUUGAUUUUGAUAAGCUUACUCAAUCUAGUCACGUGCUUUAUAACUUCGAAUCCCGGAGAAGUAGGUUAAGUUCAAAUUUGCGUUUGAUUGUAUUAAGUACUCUGACGACCGUGCACCAUUAUUAUACAUGUUUAUUUAAUUUAUCUACUGUAGCUCUUGUAUUUUGUAUAUUUCCCUUGACGAAUUGUUACAUAUAGCAACACCUCAUGCAAUUAUAACACCUAACGGUCAGUGUUUGCGACAUGACAAACAAUCAUUUGACCAAAUAAUAAAUCAAAACCAGUAAAAAAACUGCUUAUUAUCUAUAGGUUUUCAUUGAGACUAUUUGAAACGUAUAUAUAAUACAAUCUACAAUUAUUAUUUGUAUGUUACUUGUGUAAUGUGUCCAGUACUCCCAGUGAUAAUAUUGUAGAGAUGAUGUUGUAACUAUGUAUGAUUUAUAUGAACAUAUUAAAUAUUAUUGAGUUUAGUAAAUAUUUGUACGAAUAACGGGUAAGUAAAUAAAUAUCUAACAAUUGGCAUGUGUCUGGAAUGAUGCGGUUUACUUUGUUGAUGAAAAUAAUUGUGUUGCUCCUUACUUCACGACUAUUUUCAAUCAUGUACAUAUGACAGAGGUAUUCAUGAUGAAUAAAAUACUAAAGUUGUAAAUGUUCCAAUUUGUAAAAUGUGCUGCAUAUCAAGUCUAAGAGGUAUAACAUAAAUAAAUAAAAUCUCUAAGUUAUGUUCACAUGUAUCAACAACAUAAUGAGUAAAUGGUGCAAACAUGACCGUGCGUUAAACGAUGCUGGAGGCUUUAUUACUACGCCUGUUCAAUGUUUA